GUCUCUUCUUGCAUAUACCGUAGCCUUACUAGGUGUUCCUAGGUAGUUGCUCGACGCGCUCACUUUGGAUGUCCAUCGUCUCCUUUCCCCACAGCUGGACUGGCCAUUCUUUCUGUUUGAUCGAGACAAUCUUUCUGCUUUGUUGAGCAAGUGCUCUAGAGACCUCGUUGGCAUUUGCAAAUCUAUUCAGUCAACAUGGCCGUCGACGUCAACAAGGACCUACAUUGAGGCGAUGGAGCAGCCCGUGUUCAUAGAGUUCGCUACGGCGGUUGGUCGAGAUUCAUUGCAGGACUGCCCCACGGCAUUGCAUCUUGCUCAUAUCAUAUGACUAUAGACGUCGAAGUAUGUCAAUGAGCAGGAGCUCUUGUUUAAAAUCUUAUCCUUCAGCGAAGGUCCUUGGUGCAGAAUCAGGAGACAAAACGCACAGGAACUUCCACCAGAAAGAGUGCUUAUAUGCAAGCGAGGACAGCUCUAUAUAGCUUCUACCAAGAAAGACUGGUCCUUGGGAAAGGAAUUUUCUGUCACUGAAGGGCGCAGUAUUGCACUUUGUAGCAGGGCGUCGAAUGCAGCCUGUUCCAAUGAGAGCCGAAUAGUGCUUAGCGAAAGCAGAAACUUCAUGGACGGGGAUGCUGCUGCAGCCUUCUUCGAAAGCUUCUUCAGCGAUUGGUCGAAGCAGCUGGAUGCCAGCCUUGCUGACGUUAGGAGGUUGGAGGCUCAGCGAAACGCUGAUGUGUUGCCUCAAGACGUGCAGCCCCACGUGGACCUGUGGAAUGAGCUGGGGAGUGCGAAGGCGAAGGCAAUUGAAGGGGAUGUCCUUUACAUGGCUGCGGGCCUAUGGCAGACUCCCUUUGAGCGCGCCUUCUCGUGGUUGGGGGGCGUCCGCCCAACCAUCAUGUUCCAGCUCAUCUACUCCCAGAUCGGAGCCCAAACCUCACGCAGCCUGGCAGCACUCCUCGAGGGCGAGGAGUCCUCGUCCCUAGCAUCCCUUACGAGCAGUCAGCUCACGACGCUAAGCAGCUUGCAGGAGCGCACGAUCCGUCUCGAGGAGCAGCUGUCCACUCAGCUAGCAGAGGUGCAGACCACCAUGCCGGUGCUGCCAUUGCCGCCCGGGGUUGCGGAUAACCUGAGCCGCCAGGAUUCGGGGACUGGGUCCAGCGGAUCGACCGGCGAUUCGGACGAGGUUGCGAUGCCAGACCCGGACGUCCGGCGGAAGGUCGCCCUGAUGGACGACGCCACGAGGAGGUUGCAGAGUUUGAAGCGAUUGUUGUUGGACGCAGACCGGUUACGGGUAGAGACGCGCCGGCAACUAUGUGCACUUUUGGCGCCGGCGCAGGCGCUGCAGUUUUACAAGGGGCUCGGAGAACUUUGGCAGGCCCAAAGAGCUUUAGGGGAAGCGCUCGACUGCGGGUAGAAAUGCGGGGAGGGGAUGGGUUACAGGAUCAUUGCAGGAUUCGAUUGGAAGUGGACAGUGAACAUGGAUCAGAUGACCGGAUCAAGGGUGCGAGUUUUCAGGUUGAAAUGUCCUGUUUGGCUUGGAUGACAGCGGUCUUUUUCGAAAUAAAGCCGUCAAAGGUCUACAUUUGGACAGUUUGAGGCAACUCACGACAAACACUAGUUACAGGCCAUAGACACGGAUGCUAAUGAUAUUUGGUAUGUUGUGGUCUGCUAGGGCAUACACCUUCUUCAAGCAGUCAAAGGCCUUUUCCAAAGUAAGUUAGUGAAUUUCAUCGAAAGAAAGAUUAAGGCAAUACCGGGUGGCUUGGGUCAUUUUUAGGUUGAAUCGCUGCGGGAUCACAAGGAACAACUCUCCGAGUCUGUUUGGGGGACUGGAACGAAGAUCAUUCUAGGAAGUUUUGCCAUUAAGUCGACAAUAACAGACAGGAUUGAGCCACGUUUAAGCAUACAAAUUGGCUUUUGGUUCGCUUUGCAAACUUGAACAGAGGGUCUGCAACAUUUGGCCCUGUCGGAUGUACAUGCAGGACGUUUGUGCAUGCUGCAUCAGUGACCAUGAUACGCGAGUUGGAUCGACUGGCACUCGCGACGGUCGGAC